AGUCUUUAACAGUUACAACUUCCGUCCGCUACGUACAAAACAGGCCACUUUAGAACUACAAUUCCCAUAAUGCACCAGAACGCUAGUCCGCCACGGGAUUACCAGGAUUCAAUGCGGACUGCAGACGCAUCCUCAUCAAACUAUUUAGCGGUGCACAGCACUGAAAACUUCAAUUCUUCGGUCCAGAGAGGAAAAAAGUUCACUAGCACAAGAAACAUAAACAUUAAAAUUGAGAAUGACAGAUCGAGCAAACAACUUCCCCCCUCUGCCGAAGUUUAUUCGCAUAAAGCCAUGUUUUUACCAGAACGUGGAUGAGGAAAUUCCGCAACCCUACCAGCAGCUUGUGCGUCGUGUUUACAAUCUUUGGAUGUUGUACUGUCUCACACUAUGUGUCAAUGUGGUGGCCUGCAUAGCUUGGUGGGCCGGUGGGGGUGGAGCGGUCAACUUUGGGUUUGCGCUCCUCUGGCUGCUGGUUUUCAGCCCAUGUAGCUACACCUGCUGGUUCAGGCCACUCUAUAAAGCAUUUCGGGCUGAUAGUUCCUUCAACUUCAUGGCAUUCUUCUUCAUUUUCUUUCUGCAAUGUGUUCUUGUCUUCAUCCAGAGUCUUGGAAUAUCAGGUUGGGGUGCUUGUGGUUGGAUUGCCACAGUGAUGUUUUUCGGCACAAAUGUAGUCUCGGCUAUAUUCAUGCUCAUCUGUACUCUGCUCUUUACCAUAGAUACAGUUCUAAUGGUGUUCAUUCUUAUCAAGGUUCAUCGUCUGUAUCGCGGAGCAGGAGGCAGUCUUCAGAGGGCGCAGGAAGAAUGGAGCACAGGCGUGUGGAAAAGCGCCCCUGUGAGAGAUGCCGGAUUCAACGCCAUCUCUGAAACUGGCCCCAGUCUGCCCCAGUAUCCAGCCGCAGUGCCCAAUUACCCAGAGAGCGGCCCCUGGUGAUACCUUUUCUGAACUACAGAUGGAGCCAGAGCACUACUGCUUGUCUUAAUAUUAAAGGGGCAGUUUGCAGUGGGACGUUACUCAAUAUUUUUGCCAUCAUGGACUUGUGAAUAGUUCCGUUGCUAUUGUACAAUGUUUUUCUUAAUAUAGCAAAAAGUUCUAAUGUUAAAUCACUCCUUAAAAAAUGUGUAUAAACCUAAUUAGUUAUUUUUUUUUAGUUAAAAAUAAUAGAUCUUUUGAACACUUUAAUGUGAAUGACGAUCGAAAAUGUGUCAAACCACUUUUCUGGGUGCAAAUUCUGACAAAACACCAAUAACCAAGCCAAAUAAGCAAACUGCUCCUUUAAAAACUCUCUCAACACAUACUACUCUCAAACUGACAGCAAAAUGGUGGACCAUUAGUAUAAAAAUAGCAAAAAUGGACACUUUACGUUAAUGAAUUCAUCUCAGUUCAUCUGAGCCUUGACAUGUCUUAGCAUUCCAUUGAAUUGUUCGAGAAAGAAAUCAGAAUAGUUGCAUAUCAAAUUACUGACUUGUGUAGAAUACAAAUGCAUAUAUAUCACUGUAUUGCAUACAAUCACAUUACCGUUUUAGGGAAAGUGAUUUUUAAAAGAGAAAAAAGCAUGUCGGAAUUUUUUUUUUUUUAAAUCAUGGCAGCUUUUCUAUUUACCUCGAGAAAUUCGGUCUCACAUUUCCACAUAAGUGCUUCUGCAAUUCAUUUCAAAUUUUGGUAAAUUAUUCCCUCACUUUUAAGACUCACAAGCAUGUCUUUGUAAAUAGUAUGAUUUGCAUACAACACACCCUUUUUAUAUUGCAACAAAGCAUUGCAGAUUUUCUAAGAUCUAUGACUGAGAAUGUUUCUUGCAAACACAUCUUGUGCCUGCUCUCUUUUCUGUUUGAAGCUUUCCACAUCUUCGAAAUGAAGUCCGCCUUAAUUCUUCAUGCAAAUUAAGCAUGUGUGAACCAAUAGCUUUCGAUUUUCCCUCAAGUGCUACAACUCUAUUGGUGGAUGUGGCUACAUCCUGUGCUACUUUUAAUACUGGCUUCUAAAUAUGUAUUACCUAAAAUUUAUUCCUGGUUUCAUUUCAGUAAUCAUUGUGCUUCGUAUUGGAGCAUUGUGUUUCCAAAUGCGGUUGGCAAAAACGUGUGACUUGAUCUUUAUUACUUUACGUUUAAGAUCUCCCUCCACCGAGCCAAAGGAGGCUGAUUUUGAAACGUUCCAUGACUGGCCACGUGUAGCCAAAGUAUUUAACAAUCCUGUCUCUAAAAUGUGACUAGAAUGACUCCUUUUUUUU